GUGGUAGGAAUAGUGCCCCAUCAUUGGUGUCAGUGUGGAUGUAAUAGUACCCCAUCGUUGGUGUCAGUGGGAGGAAUAGGUGCCCCAUCAUUGGUAUCAGUGGGAGGAAUAGUGCCCCAUCAUUGGUGUCAGUGUGGAAGUAAAAGUACCCCAUCAUUGGUGUCAGUGAGAGGAAUAGUGCCCCGCCAUUGUUUUCAGUGGGAGGAAUAGCGCCCAUCAUUGUCACUGGGGGUGGGGUUUACAGAUGAAGGGUGGGUCUUAAACAGGAAGGGGUGGGACAAAUUUAGAUGCCC